AUGCACGGGAGCAUCUACGAGGACAGGCCCGUCGAGGAGCCUCGCGCUAUGCUGUGGAUGGCAAAGAACAUCGAGCGGACAGGCGGCUCCCCGAUGCAGUGGUAUCACAAGUACUUGACGGAGAACCGUAUCGCGCUGUGUAGACUCCUCGAGCACGCGGGGUGCGGCGACCAGCUCAACUUCGCCUCGCUGGCCGCGUUCGAGGUUCUGGCAAGGAGGGCGCAGCGGCUGCUGGACGCGGCCAGUCGCGGGCCCGUGGAGGGCCGUUUCGAGGGCGAGGAGCUGCGGUCGGGGCACCGCCAGCAGAGGACCGCGGGGAUCGCCCCCGCCCCGAAGGCUCACGUCACCAACCGCACGAAGGGGAAUGCUGAUAUUGAGAAGCAGCGCCAGAGGGCCCGAGAAGUGCGCGCCGCCGCCGCGAAUCCCGGGGCAAAGCCGGACGCCGAACGCCGCGUCUCCCUCAGAGGGGCAGCGCCCUCGGGCGCGUUUUUGGCGCUCGGUGUGACGUUCGUGGUCGUGCUGAGCUACCUCAUCUUUUUCACGAUGCAGUCCGAGCUCUUCCCCUUGCCGUCGCUGGUGGAGGAGGGGCCUUGCCGUGCUGGGCUGAGCCGAGGGGUGCGUCAGCGGGUCGCCCGCCGCCAUGCCGUCUUUCACCGUGCCAACGACGCCAUCGACGCUUUGAACUGGCUGAGUGGGUGUGGAGAGAAGGCGCCCCCCGUCGGCGCGUGCUCCCGGGCUCAGUUCGAGGCCGCCCGGCAUGUGCGGAGCGUGAUGCAGCGCUCUCAGGCGAUUGAUAUCGCACCCCGUCCGGAUGAAGCCGCCCGCGCGCUUCUGCGCCCCCGAGCCGGCUACGACUCGGAUGAGCACAUCGUCAGCGACUGCCAGGAAGAGCUGUUGUCGGUGCCCUCCUCGUGCAAGGACUGUCCGCGCGCGGUGGGCGUCGCGCCGGCUGAGGCUGCAUCUAUGCAGGUAGACUUUUUUUUCAACCGGCUGGAGUCUAUUGGAGUCUUGCGGUGGUGCGCCACGUGCAAUGGGCGUGCCGCCGUAUUCUGCGCCAAGAAGAAGUCGGGGAAUCAGCGGCUGGUUGUGGGCGCUCGCCGCAUCAAUCGCCGAUUUCGAGACCCUCCUGGAGUGGGGCUGGCGACCGCCGAGUCCCUAGGUUUGGUCGAGGUCGACGACGACGCCGAGAUCUCUGUCAGCGCGGGGGACGUGCGGGGCGCCUCCUACCGCUUCAAGGUCGAUGUGGAGCUGAGCCGGUACUUUGCGCUGCCGCCCCCGCGGGCGGAGGAGCUCGGCGUCCGCGAGGCGGAGGGGGAGUGGCUGUCACCAGACCGCUGGGUGCACCCCUGCGUCGCGGUGCUCACGAUGGGGUUCAAGUGGUCGCUCUACCUCGUGCAGGAGGCGGUCGCCAAGCAGGUGGAGACCGCCGCGGGCGUGCCCGCGGACCGUCGGCUGCAGACGUUCGGCGGCUCGCGCCUGAUCACCUCCGGCGGGCAGCUCCCCCACUAUGUCUACGUGGGCAACGUGGGUUUCUUGGGCAGCCAGCGCAAGGAGGUGCAGACUCUGAAGGAUCAGGCGCGCGGCGCCCUCGACGGCGUCGGCCUGGCCACCCGCGAGCACGCCCGCGCCCAGACCAGCGUUGGGAUCCUGGGUGUAGCGAUCGACGGUCGCGUUGGCAUGGUGGCCACCGCCCUGGAGAACAUGUGGAAUAUUGAUCGCCUGCUCACCAGGCUGCUGGAUCGCGGGGCUGCAUCUGGGCACCAGCCCGAGUCGACUGUAGACCGCCUCGCGUUCAUUUUCAUGCUCCGCCGCCCUCUGUUGUCGGUUUUGUCUGCUACCUAUCAGUUCAUGAGGGGCGUGGGUGGGGGGCAGGUCGACCUCUGGCCCUCCGUGCGGGCCGAGCAUAGUGCCGCGCCUGCGUUACUUCCAUUCGCCUUCGCUCAGUGGAAAUUGCCCUGGCACCGCGAGGUGGUUGCGACGGGUGCCUGCCCUACAGGGCGGGGGGUGGUCGAGAGUAUCUGGGGCGAGAAAAACGUAAAAGAGGUGGGGAUGGUCGACGAGCGGCUGCGUUUUCGGGUUCGGCAAGAUAUGGCUCACCGGGCUCACGCUCUUGCAGGUUCUCGAGACGCCCUAGAGGACGGGUGCGCCAUCUACGCUCCCAAAGGCACCAACGACCCCGACGAGGCCCCCUGGAAGUACGUGUACUCUGGUAGUUAUUUCACCCGGGAGGGGCCCGUCCGCAUCCUGGAGGCCAAGGGAAUGAUCUGGGCCCUUCGGCGGUGCGAGGUGCGGCGGCUGGCGAGCGACGGCCGCCGCGCCCGCGAGAAGCUGACGACGCCGCGACCAGCCAGGCAGCGGCCGGUGGCGCGCUUGCCCCGGGGCGAGCCGGCAGCGCAGCCAGCCGAGACGAGGAGGCGGACUGCGACGUUGAUCAGGCAGGAUCGCUUCUCGGUGGAGGCCGCGUUCCUCGGGCACUCGUUGCUCGAGGCGAAGGCGGUGGGCGAGAAGGUCCACAAACGGUGCCUCGGGUUGAUGGAGGAGUUCGCGCGGGGCUGCGCGAGGCUCGGGCCCUCGCUCAACUCCCCAGAGGAGAUCGACUUCGCGCCAAUCGAGGUGUUCGACGAGAGGUUCUUCAACGGGACGGACGGGGGCGUCGGGCACUUCCGGCUGGCCGCCAUCAAGGGCCUCCGCCGGGAGUUUGGGCGGGCUGGCAUGUUCUGGCUGUCCCGGGCGCGCCCCGCGUGGGCCGCCGCGAUGGUCGAGCUGGCACGGGCAAGCUUCCUCGCGACGGCGAUCGAGAUGCUGGUCGCCCUCGUGACCUACGGGCGCCCAGGGGGGAUCCACCAGCUGAAGGCGAAGUGGCUCAUCCCGCCGUUGGCAACCGUGGGGCCGCACUGGGCGAUCGUCAUCCGGCCGCCCAAGGAGUUGCGGCCGACCAACGUAGGCAUCUACGACAACACCGUGGUCUGGAACAGGGAGGGCGCGCGGAUCAUCCAGCUGCUCGUGGACCUCAAGCGCGGAAAAGAAGACCGCGACCCCCAGUCUGGCUACCGCUGCGCGAGCUGCCUGAAGCAGGUCAAGACCGCGCGCAAGCGGCUCGGCCUUACCAAGUUGGUGCCCUACCGACUCAGGCACAGUGGGGCGUCGUGGGAUUGCCUGCCUUUGAGGAGGACGUUCGACGAGGUCAUGAAGCGAGGUCAGAGGGGCAGCCACAAGAGUGUCGUGCAGUGGCAGCGCCCGCCCAAGAGUUUCAAGCUGGUCGCGAUGUGGUGCGUGGCCAACCUGUGCCGCGCCCUCCUCGACGGCCCCCCCGCCCCCGCGGCCCCUUCUCUUCCGCGGAGUGGGAUUUUGAGGGCGUCUACGCCGGCUGUGGCGGCGUCUCGGCUGAAGUGA